AUGACAGCGCGCAUAUCAUCAAAGGAAGCAUGCUCAACGCCGAUCAAGCCCGAUGCCGCUGAGCUGCGAAAGACCGUGGAAGACUGCGACGAAGCGCUGGUGCUGCUCCUGCACGAGCGAGCUCGAGCGCUAGAGACUGUUAGAUCCCCAGCAGCGCUAGAGACGAGCUUCCUCUCACUGUUGCUGCAGCUGUGGAGUCUGGAGGGACCGGCGGAUGGGAUUCCCUCAGCCGAGUUGAGUCCGAGCGAGAUGGAUCGGGUCAAACAGGCGCACAGCUGCUGCAAGGAGGAGGGUCGCAGCUCCUUGAGCGACUCCGCCAUUGUCUCUGUGUUCCAGGCGAGCUCGUGGACCUCCUGUGCCUCGAGCUCCAGGCUGAUCUCCCAGCAGGAGUUGAGCAGGGUGUGCUCGCAGAUCAGAGACUCGGUCGCUUACUUGGGCCCUCCGGCCACCUUCACCCAUCAGGUUGGGUUUGGCGUCGCUCCCGUGGAGAACAGCACGGAGGGAGCCAUUUCGCAGACCCUUGACCUGCUUGCUACCACUGAGCUCCAAGUGGUCGCCGAAGUCUGUCUUGACAUCAGGCACAACAUGCUCUCCAACGCCGACCUCCAUAGGAUACAGCGAGUUUUCAGCCACCCGCAGGCCCUCGCCCAGUGCAGGGGUGGCUUCAGCUCCAUCCUUGGUCCGGCUCAAGUUCAGCAGGCGAACCUUCCUGGUGCAGAAAUCAUCGCCGAGAGCAGCACAGCGCGGGCAGCGCAGCUAGCGGCGCAGGCGAAGGUGCAGGAGGAGCUGCCGGAGGAAGGGAUUGCUGCCAUUUCCUCCCUCUUGGCGUCGGAGCUCUAUGACCUUCCAGUCAAGGCGACUUCCAUCCAGGACCUCUCAAACAACAUGACGCGCUUCGUCGUUGUGCGGCAACAAAGUCCAGGGGGGAUGCCGGACACUCAGCCGACCGGGGAUGACAAGACCAUGCUUGUCCUGUGCAUGGCGGAUAGGGUUGGCGCACUUCACGACGUCCUGCAUGCCUUCCAGCAACGAUCCGUCAACCUGGCGAGGAUAGAGUCCCGUCCGUCCAAGAGCAAAGCGUGGGAGUACAUCUUCUUUGUGGACAUGCAUGGACACUACAAGGAUGAGAACAUUCAGGGAGUUUUGCUUGACCUCAAACAGCAGUGUUCUUUUGUUCGCGUUUUGGGCUCUUUCCCCUUCAUCCGUCAGCCAUCGGCUCAUACUUCACGCAAGACUUAACAUCGUCCAGAGCUAUGAUGUGAGAGUGAAACAACGCGAUGUU